AUGCCGCUUGCCGCCUCGACUCCGCUGCUGGACGACUUUCUCGUCGUCGCGCUACGCGGCAAGGAGCUCGAGCUGCUUUACAGCUUCACCGGCGGCACCGGCGAAGCCGCCGCCCGCACCUCCGCCGUGAAGCAGUUCUGCUUCCCCGACGUGGAGGACACGACUUCCCUGUCGCUGCAGUCCGAGUCCUUCACGCUGACCCUGACCGAGGACGACGGCUCCCGCUGCUUCGGCUUCUCACGCCGGCUGGCCAGCCUCGGCGACCUGCACCGCCCCGUCUGCCUGUGCGUGCUCUCGCGCCGGCCGUGGUUCUCGCUCUUCAUGCACAUGCUGGACAUUGCACAGCGAGCGGGCGAGCGGGCUGAGCACGACUGCAUCGGUGGCUUCAUCCCCGCCUUUGUCGCCGCGGCCACCGCCGCCCGGCUCCCGCCUCCGGGCGGAGCGCUAGCCGUGUCUGCCGGAGACUUCGGCAGCCACCGCCUGUACGCGCCUUACGACGAUGAGCGACCGACGGGCGUCUCAUUCGAGCCGCUGCUCUCCGCGCUCGGGGUGCCAAACACGGUGCGGCUCCUUGGCGCCCUGCUGCUCGAGCAGCGAGUCAUCUUCGUCGGCAGCCGGUGGGGUCACGUCUCCUCGUGCGCGCACGCGGCGCUCACGCUGCUUUACCCGCUCACCUGGCAGCACAUCUUCAUCCCCGUCCUUCCGACGGCGAUGCUCUCUUACGCGUGUGCGCCGAUGCCGUACGUGCUCGGUCUCCUCGCCCGCCACGCGCCCGCCCUCGCCAAGGAGCCUGUCGAGGAGGAG